UCAUCGAACAUUAGAAAAUUCUUGAUCAAGAAAAUUAAUUAAAGGCUAAUUAGUACCUGAUCAUUGGAUUGUCAUUAACUUUUGGAAGCAGAAAGCGAAAGGAUGCUGUGGUUGAUUCUUGGGGUUUCGUUGGCCACCGUUACUCUAAUUGUAGUCUCCCUGUGGUGCUACAUACAUCGCAAUCGCAAAAAUCGAAAUUCCACAGUGAAUCAAGCAAAGAGCCAAGUUGAUUUAAACCAGGUCACCGUGCUAGAUUUUGGCACCGGUGCAGCAUCAUCUAUGAACAAUGAAACUGCUGCAGCUAAACUUGAAUUGAGUGGAGAGAAAGACCAGGAAUUGCCAAUGUUCAGUUUUUCUACCAUAGAAACAGCUACCGAUUAUUUUGCAAUAUCGAAUAUUCUUGGAGAAGGAGGUUUCGGACAUGUUUACAAGGGUACAUUGCCGCAAGGUCAAGAAAUCGCGGUGAAAAGACUUUCCACGAGAUCUGGACAAGGAAUAGUGGAGUUCAAAAAUGAAAUAAGCUUGAUAUCUAAGCUCCAGCAUAGGAACCUCGUGAGGCUACUAGGGUGUUGCAUUCAUGGUGGAGAAAAUAUACUGGUUUACGAGUACAUGCCUAACAAGAGUUUGGACUCCUUCAUUUUUGAUUCAACCAAACGGAAGUUAUUAGAUUGGGCAGGCCGUACAAAGAUUAUCGGAGGAAUCGCUCAGGGGCUUCUUUACCUUCACAAGUACUCUAGGUUAAGGAUAAUUCAUCGUGACUUGAAAACAAGUAAUAUCUUGUUGGACAGCGAAAUGACUCCCAAGAUAUCUGAUUUUGGCAUGGCAAGAAUUUUCGAGGAGAAUGAAAAGCGAGCUGUAACGAAAAAGAUUGUCGGAACAUAUGGCUACAUGUCUCCUGAAUAUGCCAUGGACGGCCUUUUCUCAGAAAAAUCUGAUGUGUUCAGCUUCGGAAUCAUUGUGCUCGAGAUAAUAACCGGCAAGAGGAACGUUGCCUUCUUUGAUACUGACCAUUCUUCAAACCUACUUGGCUAUGCAUGGAACUUGUGGAAAGAAGGGGAAAACACAGAGUUAAUGGACUCGACAUUGGCGAAUUCUUGUUCUUCAAGCGAAGUUCUCCGGUACAUACAAUUAGGUCUCUUGUGUGUGCAAGAGAGAGCGGAAGAUCGACCGUCAAUGUUCGACGUCGUAUCGAUGCUUAGUAAUGAGACCAUGGCUCUGCCUUAUCCCAAAGAGCCUGGCCUUCUGAGCUAUGUUAGCAGAAGCAGCACUACUGAGGGUGAUUCAUUGAAAAUCCAGCAAGGGCAAGGUUCGCAAAAUGUUCAAUCAGUUAUUUCAGUGAUAUCUCCUAGAUAGCUUAUCUUUGUAUAUACCAAUAUCAACCGUCCAUCCAUCUAUAGCCGAGAUGAAAUUUGAGUUGUCCAUUACCGAAAUUGGACGGCCCAGAUGGGACAACAGGAUCCCCGGGUUCAUACCAUUUACAGCCCCCAGUUCUUUUGUUGGUUUUGGAGUUGUAAUAAUUCUUUUUGUACUUAUCAAAGCUUGUAAUUAUAUUACAGUGAGGUCAAAUAUCCACCAUCCACUUUAUUUAUUUGAUCGCCGAAAGAAAUUUAUAAAUCUUUGGAUUAGAAUUGUAAAGAUUAAUCGGAUCAAAGGAACGACGGCAUCACGGCAGAAAAUGAUCAAU